CAACCAAGCUGGGAGAAGGCUGGGGCGGGACAGGAGGCCGGCGGCUCAAAGCGCAAGCGGCGGGCGGGCGGGCGUCCUCCCCGCGGCUCCGGGGCCGCUCGGCUCGGCACAGCCCCGGUCCUCUCCACCGAGGCGCCGGGUGCAGGAGCGGGCGCGAGGGCGCUUCCGGAACUUUCAUCUUCCGCCCGGAGCACCCAGGCUGGAGCUCGGGUCCUGCAGUUCUUCCUGAGCUCCGAGGGCGCGGCCUCCGGGCGUGGAGACGGAAGAGCCCCCGCCGGGUGGGGCGCGGGCGGCCGGCACCCCACGUGCGCCGGGACGCGCUUCCUCUUUUGCGCUCCUGCGUGGCCACUGGGGGAGGUCCCCGUGAGGCCGGGGUCCCGCAGUCCGAGGCUGGGCUGGCUCCGCUGCGUCCUGCGCUCGCCGGCGGGCUGGGCUCGGGAGGGACGCGGGGCUUCUUGCGGGAAGAUGAGGAAGCCCGACGGGAAGAUCGUGCUUCUGGGGGACAUGAACGUGGGCAAGACCUCGCUGCUGCAGAGGUACAUGGAGCGGCGCUUCCCCGACACGGUCAGCACGGUGGGCGGCGCCUUCUACCUGAAGCAGUGGCGCUCCUUCAACAUCUCCAUCUGGGACACCGCAGGGCGAGAGCAGUUCCACGGCUUGGGCUCCAUGUACUGCCGGGGCGCAGCCGCCGUCAUCCUCACCUACGAUGUGAACCACCCGCAGAGCCUGGUGGAGCUGGAGGACAGGUUCCUGGGCCUGACGGACACGGCCAGCAAAGACUGCCUGUUUGCCAUCGUGGGGAACAAAGUGGACCUCACUGGGGAGGGGGCUGCAGAGAGUGGGCAGGAGGAGGGGCAUAACCCCAGCAAGGCUGGGGGUGGCUGUGCCGCCCCCAGGGUGCCCAAGCAGGUGCAGCUGGAGGAUGCAGUGGCCCUUUACAAAAAGAUCCUGAAGUACAAGAUGUUGGAUGAGAAGGAUGUGCCGGCUGCUGAGCAGAUGUGCUUCGAGACCAGCGCCAAAACGGGGUACAACGUGGACCUCCUGUUUGAAACCUUGUUUGACAUGGUGGUGCCGAUGAUCUUACAGCAGAGGGCUGAGGGGCCGUCGCAGACUGUGGAUAUAACCAGCUGUAAGCCCACCAAACGGACCAGAUCUGGGUGCUGUGCCUGACCUGCAGAAGGCCUUCCUGACCCUUGGUCUGUGCUUGUGGGAAGCUGGCUGGGGCAGAGAAAAUCAGGGAAUGGCUGUAUAGCACAGCACGCGGGGAGGGCUGCUAGUUACUGGUGCAGAUCUGCCUGCACAGGAGCCUCAGGUGGGGGCAGGAACGCUCCACGGAAGCAAGUCAGGACACUGAUGCUGCCUUGCUGCUGCCUCUGUCCCUGGUCUCCGCCUGCAGUGUGACUCCCAUUCUCAGGUCUGGCCCCACCUGUGACCUGCCCUGCACCCGCCACGGCCAUGUUGUGCAGCUUUAUGCUUUCUGUUGUUCUGGAACUUUCACUGUGAUUCCUUUGUGAUCCUCCCAUUUGGUACUUAUCUUGACACAUUGUGAUAAUGAUUCUCCACACUUAAUUUAUACAAAAUCAAGAAUGUCUUUUAUAUUGGUGGAAACAGUGUGGGCUACACAUUUUAUUAAAGAGGAUUUGGGGGA